GCUUGCGACACCUGGACACAAUGACGACGGUGACGCUUGGUCACGCAUCCUCUGGCGGGCUUGAGCAGGCAUUGGACGAAAUCAUGGAGGAGGAGAUUCCGACUCUGACCCUGCGAGACGCCGUGGUGCAUGGCUACUUCAACAUGGGUGGCCUCGAUGAUCGAGUGAUGUGGCCAGCGAGCUUGCCCGAGGUGGACGCCCUGGUGCCAGGGUCGCAGAAGCUCAUCGAGUUUAUGUUGAGGUUUUUCACACGCGAUGCUAAUGGGAUGGUCUCGGGCGGGUCGGUGUGUGAGAUCUACUCGGCCGCCGGUGUGAACCCGUACAUGCUUCAGCCCGUUGUUUCCGCGAUCAACUAUGCCUGGGCAGCCAUCACAGACCUACUGGACCUGGACUCCAAGACCAUGACGAUGAUGUCCUCGGCUAGGAGCCAAGUGGAGGACAUGAAAGCGAAGAUGGACAAGAGCUGCUGGAGCAACUGUGACACGUGGCUCGAGGAAAAGCUGAAGGAUAUGAAAGAGCAUGUGGAGAAAAAAGUCAAGGAUGCUGAGGUUGCCAUGCAGGAGUCCAUUACCGAGGUCUUGAGGCUCUGGAUCAUUGUCGACCUGGAGGACACCAUCCAGAAAGCCCGGGCAUCAGCGGCCGCCAAUGAAGCUGGGACUGCGAUAGAUUGUAUAG